GGUGCCUGGGCGCUGCGCCCCGUGUGGUGGCGAGACGAGGCCGGACGGGACGGGAGGGGAGAGGCCGCGGCCACCCCGUGCAGGGCAAGACAAAAUGAACCCUUUCUUUUUCCUGGGAUUUGGAAAUUCUCAUCUACCCUACUUUUGGAAUAGUAGUCUACCUCUCAACACAACAAAUGAGACCUACUGUUACAGCACUGCCCGGGGCAGCACAGUGCUCCAAGGAGUAACUUUUGGUGGAAUCCCAACUGUCCUGCUGCUUGACGUAACCUUCUUUUUUAUUUUAAUAUUACUGUUUUCCAUUAUAAGAAAGAGAUUCUGGGACUACGGCCGAGUUGCUCUGGUAUCAGAAGCUGAAAGUGAAUUAAGAUACAACAGAUUGUCAACAUCUUCAUCAAUACCUGAAGAUCCUGAAUAUGAUAAGGGGUUCUGUUCCUGGAUGACAGUUGCUUUUCGGAUGCAUGAUGAAGAGAUUCAUGAGAGAUGUGGUGAAGAUGCCAUACAUUACCUUGCCUUCCAGCGUCACAUCAUCUGCUUGUUGAUUGCUGUCAGCAUUUUGUCUGUCUGUGUUAUACUGCCUGUCAACCUAUCAGGUGAUCUACUUGAUAAAGAUCCCUAUAGUUUUGGAAGAACUACUAUAGUGAACUUGCAGACUGGCAAUAACCUCCUGUGGCUGCACACGGUUUUUGCUGUCAUUUACCUGAUUCUGACUGUUGUCUUCAUGAGGCAUCACAUGAAGUAUGUCACAUAUAAAGAAGAAAACAUAGUGAAAUGCACACUGUUUGUAACAGGCCUUCCAAAACAUGCAAAAGAAGAGACUAUACAAGACCAUUUCACUGCUGCAUACCCAACCUGCACUGUGCUGGAGGUCCAGCUGUGUUAUGAUGUAGCCAAGCUUAUUUAUCUUUUCAAAAAAAGGAAACAAGCAGAAAAAAGCCUGUCUUACUAUGAACAUCUGCAUCAGAAGUAUGGCAAGCGGGUCCAGAUCAAUCCAAAGCCAUGUGGACAGUUCUGCUGUUGUGAAGUGAGAGGAUGUGAAAGGGAGGAUGCUGUAGAUUAUUACACCAAAGUUAGGAAUGAACUGAUGGAAGAGUAUUCAAAAGAGGAACAAGCUGUUCUUCAUAACCCACUGGGAAUGGCGUUUGUAACGUUUCAAGAGAAAUCCAUGGCAACCUACAUCCUUAAGGAUUUCAAUGCCUGCAAGUGUCAGAGUAUUAAGUGUAAAGGGGAACCUCAGCCAUCGUCCUACAGCAGAGAGCUGUGUGUAUCAAACUGGGAGGUUACCUAUGCACCUUAUCCUGAGAAUAUUUGCUGGAAAAAUCUUUCAGUGCAUGGACUGAAGUGGUGGUUUAGAUGGGCUUGCAUUAAUUUACUUCUUUUUAUUGUGCUGUUUUUUCUUACUACUCCAUCCAUAAUCAUCUCAACCAUGGACAAGUUCAAUGUCACCAAACCUAUUCACUACCUUAAUAAUCCCAUUGUCAGUCAGUUUUUCCCAACGCUUUUGCUCUGGUCCUUCUCAGCUUUGCUACCAACAAUCGUCUAUUACUCAACUCUGCUGGAAUCCCACUGGACAAAAUCUGCAGAGAACAGAAUAAUGAUGCAUAAAGUCUACAUAUUUUUGAUCUUCAUGGUAUUGAUUCUGCCCUCCCUUGGUCUGACCAGCCUUGAUUUUUUUUUCCGGUGGCUGUUUGACAGAGAAUCAGCUGACUCUGCAGUAAGGCUGGAAUGUGUCUUUUUGCCUGACCAAGGAGCCUUCUUUGUGAACUAUGUGAUUGCCUCUGCUUUUGUUGGCAAUGGGAUGGAGCUGCUGCGCCUUCCUGGCCUGAUCCUUUACACCAUACGCAUGAUAAUGGCCAAGUCCACAGCAGAAAGGAAAAAUAUUAAACAGCAACAAGCAUUUGAAUAUGAAUUUGGAGCAAUGUACGCCUGGAUGUUGUGUGUCUUCACUGUCAUCAUGGCCUACAGCAUAACAUGCCCCAUCAUUGUCCCAUUUGGUUUGAUAUACAUACUCCUGAAGCACAUGGUUGACCGUUACAACCUUUACUAUGCCUAUCUCCCUGCCAAGCUGGAGAAGAAGAUGCACUUUGCAGCUGUGAACCAGGCCCUGGCAGCUCCAAUUCUCUGCCUCUUUUGGCUCUAUUUUUACUCCUUCUUGCGGCUAGGCUUUAAAGCACCUACAACAAUGUUCACCUUCCUAGUUGUCAACAUCACAAUUGUUAUUUGUUUGGCUUAUACUUGUUUUGGCUGUUUCAAGUACCUGAGUCCACUGAAUUACAAGAUAGAAGACACGCAAAGUGAAAGGGGAAACGACACAGAUGUACCAACCAUCCCAACCUCUUCUAUGUACGUCCCUCGAGUUUUGCAGCCUCCUUCCACAGAAAGGACAAUGCUUGCCCAGAAGGAGCAGCAGUCGUAUGGCACCAUGGACAACACUUGUUCACAAGCAGAAGGAGUCGUCAGCUACUCUGCUGGACCUGCACUUAUUGAGCAGGCGUCCAAAGGUUCGCUUUGAACGCCGAGGACUGACACAAGGUGGAGCACUUGGUCCGCGGUUAGGAGAACUCAUUCCCUCCCCACCGCCGCCUACUAAGUAUUCCCUUUUAUUUAUGUAUUCCUGCCUACAGAAGAGGUACAGAAAUAAUUCAUUGUGUGGUCUGCAGCUGUGCUCAGAGAUUAAAAAGUAGAUGCCACGGACUGAUCGUUUUCCAGGCUGUCUACACCACGUUGUGAAACAAAACGUGUGGAACACGGAGAUGCUGAUCCUCAGGGACUUCACCUAUGCUAUCUCACCCCUUGCCUUGUGAAGAUAACUUAUGCUGCAUACAGAUACAGGUCACCAAAGAAAAUGCAGCUGUUACAGCUGUCAUUUACUUAGCCAAAAUAAGUUCUCCUCUUUUUAAAAUAAAAAAUACCCCACAACCCAAACAACAAAACCCUUUAGUAUUUAUAAAGCUCUUGGGAUGUUUUCAAUCCUGGAGCAAUGUCACUUUGGAUGCAAAUGCUGUUUGUAUGGGUGCUCAGGGCAUGGUGUGUGGUAGUCUCUCCUCUUAUCACCCAGAAUAGUCAGUAUAGACUUGAUCAUGUUUCUUUAAAAGAGAUGAGGGAGUUGCUGUGCACUUGGGUACUAAAAGUAUCAAACCAAAAAGACUGGUGUAAAGAAGGGAGUGAUUUCUCUGAUGCUGUUUUUAUCUCUUUGUUUUCUUGGUUUUGGAGGGCAUUUAGGUUGUUACUUUCUGUGCACUAUUUUUAAGGGCCUUCCACGGUGAAACUUCACCUGCCAACAAAAAGGGAUGGAAACAUUUUAGCUUUCUUUUAAUCUUGGGUCAAAAUGACAGAUCUCUGGGUUCUCCCUGUACUGCCAUUUAUCUGAACUGCAAGAUACUACAUUUUUAAAUGAGGUCAUAGGUGUAAAUUUAUUACCAAGUGUAUUAUGUCAAAGUGUAACUAAUAAUCACCAAGCAAUAAAACCCUUCAGUUCAGAGAAA